AUGAGUGACAUUGAGAAAGAGGUUGUUCGGGUCUCAACUAGAAACUCAUUGUCCAAUUUGGACGUGGACGACGGCGACUCUGCCGAGAAGCUCGUUGUCGACAGUGACAACCAAGAACUUUUCAGUUCGGAAGACACGGUGUUGGACCGCAAAAUGAAGUUGGUUAAUGAUGCCAUCGACGAAAUUGGGUUCACUCCCUACCACCUCAAAUUGUUCUUUUUGAGCGGUAUGGGAUAUUGGACAGAUACCCAGUUGUCCUACUGCGAGAGUUCAGUGAGGACUUUUGUCAAUUACCAGUUUGGAUACUCGUUCCCCGUCUCAAACGAGUUGAUCUCGAUUGGGUUGCUUGUGGGUGCUUUGUUCUGGGGGAUGCUGGCCGACUUGAUUGGCCGUAAGUUGGCAUUCAAUCUUUCUUUAUUGUUGAGCUCCGUCUUUACGAUUCUCACGGGCGCCAUGUCCUCGAUGACCACCUAUUGCAUUUUCAACUUCUUGAUUGGGUUCGCCGCUGGUGGCAACUUGGUUUUGGAUACGUGUGUGUUUUUGGAGUAUCUUCCACACAAGGACCAGUGGCUCUUGACGUUGUUUGCCUUUUUUUGGUCGAUUGGCCAGGUGAUUGCCGUUGCUCUUGCAUAUGCCUUUUUGCCGAAUUUCAGCUGCGACUCCGAAGAUUACUGCCCGAGCCACAUCAACCGCGGCUGGCGCUAUGUCUACUAUGUCAAUGGGGCCAUGGUGUUGGUGAUGUCGGUGUUGCGGUUGACCGUGGUGCAGUUAAAGGAAACUCCAAAGUUUCUUGUUUCCAACGGAAGAGACGCUGAAGCGGUGGAAAUCCUCCAGGGCGUCGCGAAGAAAUACAACCGGUCAUGCUCCCUCACUUUGGACCAGUUGGAUGCCCUCGGCGAAAUCCAAAUCAACGACGAUUACAGGCACCAUAUCAGUUUCAAAGGUACUUUCAACUUGGUGAAGCACCAUGUGGCGAUUUUGUUUGCGAACCACACGAUUUCCCGCUCCACCAUAUUGAUCUUUUUAUCAUGGUUCAUGUUGGGCAUAGGUUAUCCGUUGUACACGUCGUUUUUGCCCAUCUACUUGGCGACGCGGGGAUCGGAGAUCUCCGCUACGACAGUUGGAGGCGUUUAUCGCGACAAUUUGAUUUCCAACGCCGUCAGUUUGGGUGGUCCCUUGAUAGCAGGGGCACUUCUUUACCUUUUCCCCAAGCUUGGCAGACGCGGUGUCUUGUGCAUUGGCGGCGUCAGCUCGAUGGCGUUCUUCUUUGGCUAUACCCAAAUCAAAACCAGAGCGGAAAACGUGGCCUUGUCGUCAAUCUCGUUUGCAACCAUGUACAUCUACUACGCCGUGUUGUACGCUUACACACCCGAGGUGUUCCCGCUGGUGGCUAGAGGGACCGGUAACGCUAUCGCGAUUGCAUUCACGAGGUUGGCAGCUGUGAUUACCCCGAUUAUCGCCUACUAUUCAAACACAUCCAGCUCUGUGCCUAUUUGGAUCUGUGGGGCAUGCAUUGGUGUCAUUGGAUUGCUUGCGUUGCUAUUCCCGUACGAACCAAGUGUGCAUCGAGUCGUUUAA